CAUUCGGCCGCGCGAGGUUCUGUGGGAUACAGGCGGUGCUCAGCUUCUCCGCCUCCUGCUGGGUGCGGAGCGGCUCCGCUGAAGCAAGCGAGCAAGCGAAAGGCAGGGAGAAAAGGGACGAGACCCGACUAGGGCAUGAAGAUGGCGGACGCCAAGCAGAAGCGGAAUGAGCAGCUGAAGCGCUGGAUCGGCUCCGAGACGGAUCAGGAGCCGCCCGUGGUCAAGCGCAAGAAGACCAAGGUGAAGUUCGACGACAGCGCCGUCUUCCUGGCUGCCUGUUCGAGCGGCGACACCGAGGAAGUGUUGCGCCUGCUGGAGCGCGGCGCCGACAUCAACUACGCGAAUGUGGACGGCUUCGCGGCACUGCACCAGGCUUGCAUAGAUGAUAACAUAGAUAUGGUGAAAUUUCUUGUGGAAAAUGGAGCCAGCAUUAAUCAACCUGACAAUGAAGGCUGGAUACCUCUACAUGCGGCUGCUUCUUGUGGAUAUCUUGAUAUAGCAGAGUAA